CAUGUCCGUCAUGGUAGAACUUGGCAGCAGUCAGUCAGAGAGGAUGACGGCGGAGGACAUCGUUGUCCACACACGUCAGGCCAUGAAGGGCCUGGAAGCCCUGCGGGGAGAGAACCGGAGCAUCCGUCAGCGGCUGCAGGAGGCCUUGCUGAAGGACCGGCAGCUGCUGGGCGAGGGGGAGGAGGCGCUGGUGGCGUCGGAGGCGGAGACCCUGGAAUCUCAGGCCCUGGGCCUUCUGGAGGAGAAGCAUGAUUUGGUCUGCAAGAGCUUGGAGGGGAUCGAGCUGGGCAUUGCAGAAGCACAGAUGAUGAUCGCCCUGUCUUCUCACGUCGGGGCUCUGGAGGCCGAGAAGCAGAAGCUGCGGGCCCAGGUGAAACGCCUCUGCCAGGAGAACCUCUGGCUGCGGGAUGAGCUGGCCGUGACCCAGCUGCGGCUGCAGCACAGCGAGGAGUGCGUGGCCCAGCUAGAGGAAGAGAAGAAACACCUGGAGUUCCUGAACCAGCUCAAGCAGUACGACCCCAAAGGGGAUCAGGCAGAGAAGGAUGAAUCAGAGCAGAGAAAGGACAGCCUCUCUUCACUCUUCCCUAGCGACGACGACGACCAGAGGCAAGGGGGGCAGAGCCCAAGCGCAGCGGCUCAGCAAGGCGGCUACGAGAUCCCUGCCCGCCUGCGGACCUUGCACAACCUGGUCAUCCAGUAUGCCUCCCAGGGGCGCUACGAAGUGGCCGUGCCGCUUUGCAAGCAGGCCCUGGAAGACCUGGAGAAGAGCUCUGGGCACAGCCACCCGGACGUGGCCACGAUGCUGAAUAUCCUAGCUCUGGUCUAUAGGGACCAGAACAAGUACAAAGAAGCGACAGAGCUGCUGAACGACGCCCUCGAUAUCCGGGAGCAGACCCUGGGCGUGGAGCACCCUGCGGUGGCCGCCACGCUCAACAACUUGGCAGUGCUGUACGGCAAACGUGGGAAGUACACGGAGGCCGAGCCUCUGUGCAAGAGAGCGUUAGAGAUCCGCGAGAAGGUGUUGGGCACAGACCACCCAGAUGUGGCCAAGCAGCUGAACAACCUGGCGCUGUUGUGUCAGAACCAGGGCAAGUUUGAGGAGGUGGAGCAGUACUACCAGCGAGCCCUCAGCAUCUACCAGGCCCGGUUGGGGCCCGACGACCCCAACGUAGCAAAAACCAAGAACAACCUGGCAUCGUCCUACCUGAAACAGGGCAAGUACCAGCAGGCGGAGGAGCUGUACAAGGAGAUCCUGUCCUCGCACGACCAGGAGGGGGCCACCAGCAGGGCUGAUGAGAGCAGAAUGGGAGCUGGAAGCAGCGUUCAGUACGGCCAGGACGCCGCGGGGACCCUGAGACGCAGCAGCUCCUUCUCCCGGUUCCGCGAGUCCAUCAAACGGGGCAGCGAGAAGCUGGUCUCCAAACUCAAAGGGGAUGGGGUCCGGCGCCCCAACACUCACCCCGGCCCUGGGCUGAAGCGAGCCACGUCCCUCAACGUGCUGCACGUGAGUGAGAGAGCGGCGGCCGCAUCGCCCACGCCUAGCAGGAGCCUGACCGGUGCCCGGACGUUGAGUUCCAGCACGCAAGACCUUAUGCACAGCAACACCACCUAGGACGGG